AUGCUAGACGCCCUUUUCAGACCGUACCCCGAACCCCCGGAAGUCGGGUACUGGGGCACGCCCACCUCGACCAUCGACUGGUGUGAGGAAAACUACGUCGUGUCGCCGUUCAUCGCCGAGUGGUCCAACACCAUCACCAACGGGCUCUUCGUGCUGCUCUCCGUGUUCGUGACCUACUCCGCGCUGCGCAACCACCUCGAGACCCGGUUCGUCAUGAUCGGGCUCGGAUUCGGCACCGUCGGCGUCGGGUCCUGGCUCUUCCACAUGACGCUGCGCUACGAGUACCAGCUGCUCGACGAGCUCCCCAUGAUCUACGCCACUUGCAUCCCGGCCUGGAGCAUUUUCUGCGAGGAGGCCGAGAUCCUGCGCCGCAGCAAAAAAGACUCCGAGGCCUCCAAACCCAAGCAGGUCGUGGUCGGCUCGUCCGUGUUCCUCGCCGCCGCCAUCCUCACCGUGGUGUACCUGGUGUACCGCGACCCGACCAUCCACCAGACCGCCUACGCCAUCUUGAACGUCGUGGUCGUGUUCUCUGCAGGCAUCAUGGCCCACCGCUACGUCCAGGACCAGCGCGCCAAGCGCAACCUCCGCAACACCAUGGCCCUCAGCAUCUCCAUCUUCCUGCUGGGCUUCCUGGUGUGGAACCUCGACAAUUUUUUCUGCUCCUUCUGGCGCUACAUCCGCCGCUCCUUCCUGCGCUUGCCGCUUGGCAUUUUCCUCGAGCUCCACGCGUGGUGGCACCUGCUCACGGGCACCGGAGUCUACUACUACAUCGUCCACCUCGAGUACUUGCGCGUCCUGACCCACGGCCAAAGCGACAACUACACCUUGGCCUGGAGGUGGCGCAUUUUCCCCGAGCUCGUGCACAAGCAAAACCCGAUCCACACGCCUUACUCCCUGGAGUUCCUGGACGACUACGUGGGCACCAGCUCCUCGGAGCACCCUGACAGGCGCAAGAGCGAAUAA